AUGAAAUUAAGGAUUAUUCAAAGUUAUGCUAGAGUCAUUCCAUUUCAAAGUGUAAUAUUGUUUAGAAGGAUUAUAUCAGUAUCUUCUUUCAGCAACAAAGAUAAUAUUAUAAAAACAUACAAGUUUAAUCAAUUACCAAACAAGAUUGGUUGGUAUCUCAGAUGUGGUCAUAUCAAUCAAUUAAAACAAAGAAUUGAAAGAGAAGAAAAAGAAUUACAACUAGAUGAUUCUUUUUCAUCUCAUCAUUUAAAAUGGAAUUAUAAAACAACAAAAGAUAUAUGUUCGUUUAAUGGUCAAGAUGAACAAAACUUGGAGAUAUUUAGAUAUUUGUUUGAAAAGAUACCUGAAUGGUUUAAUCACCCAGAUUGUUUCAAGAUGGCAGCAAGUAAAGGAAAUAUAGAGAUAUUUAAAAUAUUGGCCGAUAAUACAGUCCCUAUCAAACCAUCAUUUGACAUGAAUGAAUGUAUUCAAGUUGCCAUUCAAGGAAUGCAUCUAGACAUGGCAACGUAUUUAUUGGAAAUGAAUGAUUACAAAUUCAAAGUGACUAGUAUAUUCUCUAUAAAGGGUGCUCUCUUUAAAUACAGCCAGUCAGAUUUAAUCAAACUUGCUAGAAUCUUUAUUGAUAUUGUUAAAAAUAACGAACGAGUCACCAUGGAAAAGUUAUGUAGACAAUAUUUUUACAAGCUAUUAUUGGCAACUCGAGAUAUAGAAACGGUCAAAUACGCCCAUGCCAACUAUUAUGUCGACACUGAAUUUUACCUACCUCAUUCAUAUGUGUAUUACCUCCGAAAAGGAGCACCAAAAGACAUGGAUCUCGAUCAACACUUAGACUUUAUCAAACAAGUUCUUCAACUUUUCGAUACCGAUUUUGAAACAGAUUUACAAAAUAUGGUCACUGAUGAGGAGAUGGAUAGCAUCGAAAAGAAUCUUGAAAAGGAUCAAGAAAACUAUCACAACAAUGGAAACUACUGUUAUUUCGAUAGUCUCUCUCAACUGUCAACCAAACAAUCUCGUUGGUAUAUGUUUAUGUUUGGAAUGUAUUUCAAUCAAGAAUUAAAUGCACAUCAAAACAUUGAAAGUUAUUGGAGAGAUUUACCUCAUAUUUUCAAAGUACGUGUCAAAGAUGAAGAAAAGGAUGAUGAUGAAGAGGAAGACAAAGAGGAAUGGCCAUCACAAGAAAAAGAAGAGUUUAUAAUGAAAAUAUGUGAAAAGUUUGGAAAGGAAUUCAUUAUAAACCAUGGUACAUUGGAACAUGUAAAAUGGGUACAUAAAAUUUUAGGUUUUCGUUGUGCCAAUGAUAUUCUAUUUUAUCCAAAACACCAAGAUAGCAACCAAACAUUGGCAAUCGCUCAAUACCUCCACGACAAUGGAGUGGACCCAUUUAGCAAGUCACCAUACUUGGUCGAUCAUUUACGCAAGGGUGAUGACAAGGUAAUCUUGUUUAUUCAUCAACAUUAUCCUCAUCUUGUCAAAAGAGAUGACAUUCUCAACUAUAUCAAGAGACAUGGUUGUCAUUAUUAUCUUUCUAAUUUGGAUUUGGUAGAGCAAGGAUAA